AUCAACUUCUGUAUCCCUCCUUACUGCCAAAUGUGGUCGAUGACGACGCAGAUCUCGACCCCCUUGAUUUUCACUCAAGUAACUUUCCCCAACAUGGUCAUGAGCUUCUUUUUUUCCUUUUUUCAUUCAUUCACCAUCUCAUUCAUCAAUUCAACUACACAUCUCUUUUCCUAUUUUCCUUUUUGAACUUCACCUUACAAGAAAAAAAAAAAUGUCUUCGCAGGACCAACCCCAUCUUCGCAACUGGAUCAACGGCGAGUUUGUAGAGCCAGUGUCAUCAUCGUCUACAGAGUCUAGUAGCGGUGCGCAGACGCAGUAUCUUCCUGUGACCAGUCCAUUCGAUGGCAAGGUCAUUGGUCAUGUCCCCUUGUCGACAGCUGCAGAUGUGGAAAAAGCGGUCGCAGCAGCCAAGGCAGCCUUUCCAGCUUGGUCUGCGCGAACAAUAAAGGACCGUGCUGGGAUCCUAAUCCGUUUCCACUCCUUGUUGACCAAACAUGCUGAGGAACUGGCAGAUAUGGUGGUGCUCGAGCAUGGUAAAAACAAGGCUGAGGCUUUGGCAAGUGUCUUGAAGGGACAGGAAACGGUUGAGUAUGCAUUGUCACUGCCUCAGGUCGCUCAAAGCAAAAUGCUGGAGGUUUCCAGAGGCAUCACUUGUUAUGAUACCCGUGUUCCGAUUGGAGUUGUUGCCUCCGUUGUGCCAUUUAACUUCCCAAUCAUGGUGCCCAUGUGGACAUUGCCUAUCGCCAUUGCUAUGGGCAACACAAUGGUUCUCAAGCCAAGUGAAAAGGUUCCUUUCACGAUGAGCAAAGUAGUAGGAUUGCUUAAAGAGGCAGGCGUGCCAAAUGGUGUUGUCAAUCUUGUUUAUGGAACAGCUGACCCUGUUAAUGCCUUAAUCGACCACCCAGAUGUCAAAGCCGUAACCUUUGUUGGUACUUCGCAUAUUGCUGAGAUGGUGGCACAGCGCUGUCACAAGCUGAACAAGCGCGUUCUGGCCCUUGGCGGCGCAAAGAAUCAUAUGAUCUCAGCCCCAGACUGCAAUAUCGAAAUGACUUCCACCGAUGUUGUUAAUUCAUUUAGUGGAUGCAGCGGACAGCGAUGCAUGGCGGCAACAGUCCUGCUCACCAUUGGAAAACAGCAAGACUUGAUUGAUCGAAUUGUAGCGAAAGCAGAGGCACUUUCCCCUGGCAGCUCGCCUGGCGAGGUAGGCCCUGUGAUUGACCAAGCAUCGGUUGAUAAAAUCACGCGCUAUAUCAACGAAGCCGAAGCCUCAGGUGCAAAAAUCUUGGUUGAUGGCCGGCCAUGGGCCAAGAGAAAUAAAGAGGGGUUCUGGGUUGGACCAACAGUCAUUUUGCAUACUAACAAGAAUGAUGCGGCCUUGCACGAUGAGAUAUUUGGGCCCGUAUUGUCCAUCCUGGCUGUAGAGAACGCAGAGGAGGCAAUUGCCAUUGAAAAUGCAAACCCUUAUGGUAAUGCUGCAUGUAUCUACACAAGUUCCGGGGCGACUGCAGACCAUUUCAUCAAGCGCUUUAGUGCUGGAAUGUGUGGUGUCAAUAUUGGAGUUGCCGUUCCUAGGGAGCCAUUUUCAUUCGGAGGUUGGAACAAAAGUCGGUUCGGCAAUCACUGUGACAUCACAGGCGAUGGUGGUGUAGAGUUCUUCUCAACAAGAAGAAAGGUUACGACCAAAUGGGUCCCUCAGGAGAACGCUUCUUGGAUGAGCUAAAC